AUGGGACAAGUGCCAGUGGGACCAACGGUAAGGGAAGCCGCCGCAAGAAGACAGGACAAGUGCCGGUGUAACCCGGGGCAACAGGAGCCGCCGCGAGCAGCCGAGCGGGUAAGGGAACUGACACAAAGGGUGGAGACACUGAAUAUUGGUGCUGCCCCAUGAACAACUACAUUAAGCUGUAGUUAUUCUGGUGACUUUAAUGUGCCUUUAAGGUACAUGGAGUAUUGUUUUUAGUCUAGGAUAUCAUCAUGGGUGUAGAUCUAAUGAUAUAACUUUUGGAAAAAUAUAUUUUGACUUGAGUAUUCAGACUUUUUUUUUUAAAUGUUUGCAGAAUAUGAUGAGAUCAAUCAAUGAAACCCUUAUAAACUGUAUUUUUGUUAAAACCAUGACCAAAUGCAAUGCAGAGAAUGUUGUAUAAAGCUUUAAUACCCACCAGAGCAAAGUGGCACAAAAGCAGGACACAAAGGAUGUAGUUUUACUUGUUUUCUGCAUGUCUCACACACUAACAUGCAUACACGGACACAAGCAUAUGUUUAUAUAUAAAUUCAUAUAUUACUUCAUCUGCAUCAUAUUAGAUCUUGAAUGAAUUGUGGUUCUCUUCACCAUCAUGCCAGGAAAUGAAUAGUAAAUUCACGACUGGUUCUAUAACAAAUUAGCUACUUUAUUUUAAGCAACACACAUUAAUAUUUUGCAUGCCAUGGUCUUCUUGUCCAAAAUGUCUUAAAGGUGUUCCUAGGUUCAGUGGACUGGACAUGAUAUGCAUGCAAAUUCUGCUUUUACAGGUAAUAUCUUUUUCUCAUUUUGUCAGUUAUGGGAUGCGGAAAAUGAAUUACAGAUUAUGUUUUCAAAAUGGAUUCCUCUCUGUAUUCCAACUGCAUGUAAAUAUUGUGAUUCACAGAUAAAAACAACAGUGAUUAAUGACCCCUGACAUUAGAAUUUUAAAUGUGCUUCAUACUAUGAUGUUCCCUUACUGUGAUGUACUUGAAAAUUAAUCAGAAAUUGAAAUUGCAAAAUGGGUGAAAUAGCCUUAGAAAUUAGACAAUGAAAUAGGAGGCGUUGUGACACUGUCAGAGAGGGGAUGCAUGUAUGUAACAAAAACAUUAUUCUAUCCAUUUAUAGAUAGCUAUUUCCACAAUGGCUUUGAUAUGGUAUAUCCAUCAUAAACAUGCAGGGUGAUCGGGAGGUAAACAGAAAAAAAACAAUAAACAGAGAGUUAUAUAUCGAGAAUAAAAAGAGAGACAUAAAUAGAGACAGACAGACAGACAAAUAGACAGACAGAUGAUAUGCAUAGAGUUUUAUGUUUGCUCUCACAUUCAGUUGCUAGUACGUAGAUGUACACAACAAUAUAUGCAAUUUUGCCCCAUACUUUCAAAUUAUUGCACCUCUAUCAAGACGCAUCUAUCCACACCUACUCAAACCACAACAACAUCUAAAACACCAUCAUUAUUUUCCACAGCCAGCACUCCACAUCGGCAUUUUUACUUCCAUGGAUAUAACUACAUUAAGGGUCAAGGUGGACAAGCAUCUGACAAGAGAGACAAAAUAAAGUGUCUGUGGGAAUAUACUUAUAUGAGUUACUUGUCCCUUUUACAAAUAUGUUUUUAUUUUAUUCAAACAAGCUGGCUAACUACUACAUUACUGUUUACUGAAUUUUAAACAUGUCAGGAGGCUUCAUAUUUGCUUAAGUCUCUCUUUACUAGAACUCCACAGCAGCACAGAAAAACAACCAAUCAGAAAAAAGUAAUGUACAUUAAAAGUCCCCUCCAAACCAAUGACUUCCUCUUUCUUUGUUGCACCACAUCAAGCACAGGUCAGAGUACCACUGCCUCCUGCUCUUAGUGGAUGGCAUGGGUGAUUUUAUAUAUAUAUAUAUAUAUAUAUAUAUAUAUAUAUAUAUAUAUAUAUAUAUAUAUAUAUAUAAAAAAAAAUAAUUCUAUGUAUAUAUUUAUGUAAUAGUUUUACAAAAUUAGGUCAUUUUAUUAAUUACAAUUUGCAGGACCUGACUGAUGUCAGGAUCUUACCUGAUGGGGAGUCUGGCUCGCAGAGUUAUACGCUCACCCUUGCAAAGUAGACACAGACCAGGGUGACCAGGUAAGACGCCACCUGAUCUGUGAGUCUGUGCACGGGGGCUUUCCAGGAAUAGUGCUCCAAGUAGCAGUACAGCAGGGAUUAGCAGAAGCGUAGUCAAGGAAAGCCAAAGUCAGGGGAAGCCAGAGAUCAGAGUAGUCCAGGAGGAAAGCCAAGGUCAGAAGCCGGAAUCAGACAGGAAAUACUGGAACGCUGAUAUGGCAAGACAGGAACUAAACAAGGGAACCAGAGUCAAUGAACUGACGCUGCCCUCAGGGAGAGGCAGUUUCUUAUACCUGGCUAAUUGGUGAUCAGCCACAGGUGUGCGGUGUCCAGCCCCCAGUGCUGGAUACAAGGCAAGAUAGACUUCUGGCUAUCUCUUGAGUUGAUAUGGUGGCUCAGAGGCAAAAUAGCAGCCCCAGCACUGCAAAGUACCCUGGUUCAAGUCCGUCACCGGGCACUUCUGGGGCGACCUCGUCUGACCGUCGGGAUGUCGCGGUGAGAACCGUGACAGUACCCUCCCUUCAAGAACGCCCUCCGGGCGUGAACAGGUUCUUCUUGGAAAUAGUACUCCUCAUCUUCGGUCUCAGUAUCACUAAGAUAGUCUUUGUAAUCAAAGUCUCCAGUGCGGAGUCCCUUUACAGCCUGGGACUUUAUGGUACCAGUUUCGGGUGCUAAUGGAAAGAGGUCAAUGUUAUUCAUGGAUUUGGUGCACGCGGUAAGAGGCCCACCAUACGGCGUAGGACUCCGCAGGGUCAGAUUCUCCAAGGAGAGAACAGACAAGAGCGCCGAAGUGCUACUGGAAGGGUGAAGGCCCUGAGCCGCGCGCCUAAAGGCCAAGACUCCAGCGAAGCACCCGAUACAGGGGAUCCCAGACUCGCUCACUCAUCAAGGACACCUUUCCAAGGAGGAGGACUACAUACACCCUACUCCCUUAGCUGUCUUAGACGAAUGGCGGGCAGAGUACAUGUGGGGCAAAGACUAGAUGGAUGACCCCAGGUGGCCACGGGAAUCCAGAGCCCUUUCUAAGCACAUGGAGCCCGCUCCUCUGCUGGAGGAAGGAGUAUUCCUGGACUCUAUGGGCGAGCUCUUAUUCGAUCCAUGCUGCUUUAGGCACGCCCAGAUCCUCCAAAUGGUCCCUGCCCAAUCACCUGGAACAGUUUGUACACUACUGGGUCCACAGACCUCUGGAUUGGGAGGUACGAAAGAGGCUCCGGGCGGAACGCCCGAGACCCAUGUUGCUGAAUAAGGUCGCCAUGGAAUUUGACAACAUGGUCUUCACCUACAUGACCCGUACUGGGCGUGACCCUAAGAAAGGGGUCGAGCACAGCCUCCGACUGGCACAUGAUAAGCUACUGGAUAUGAUGGGUACACUGGCCAGAAUCCUCAUGCUGGGUGCUGCCCUGGACCCAGUGGCCAUACGAGACUGGGCCUUGCGCUCCAUUUUCCUGCUGGGCAACACCAACGUGGUGCUCUGCGCAGAACGUAGGAAUGAAGUUCUUUUGCAUAUGGACGCCAAACUAUCAGACUUUAGGUCGAAAGAACUAGACCCCCUGGCCAAGGGUGUCCUCUUCGGAGAACCUUUCAUCAAGGAGCUUCACAGACAUGUGACCCUUUACACUACCUUAAACAAAGCCCAGCUCUGGAAGGGCAGACCGUAACAGUUCACGUGCCUACCAUUCGGCCUCAGCUCGGCACCGUGUUGUUUCACCAAACUGCUAAAACCGGUGACAGCACGACUCCGAUGCACGGUUGUUUGUUGUAUCAUCUAUCUGGACAACCUACUGAUAUUUUGCGAGAGCCCUCCAUACUGAAAUCUCAGACGCUCUCUGCAAUUUCCUUGAUCUCCUUGUUCGAAUCGCUUGGUUUCGUGGUCAACCGGGAGAAAUCGUCCCUAACUCCGACACAGGUGAUCGACUUCUUGGGUUUCAAAUAGACGCAGCGGAGUGCCUCCUUUGCCUUCCUCAGUCCAAAGAUCACCACCAUUCGGAAGGAAAUCCGGAGGAUACUGCCGGAUUCCACUCCGAGUGCUGACUCGCAUAGUAGGCCUCCUCUCUGCAUCGAUCAAGGCAAUCUACCCGGGCCCCCUUCACUGCAGGGCCCUGCAAUGCCUGAAGACCCACUUCCAAUGCAGGAAACCCUCCUACAACCCAGUUAUUCCGAACUUCGCUGGUGGAUACUUUACAUGUCCUCCUGGAAUGACAAGGCAAUUUUCGAACCAACUCCGGAUUUUGUAUUGGAGUUGGACGCGAGUCUUUAGGGCUGGGGAGCCGCUUGUGCGACCGGCUCCACGGGACGCCUCUGGUUGGAAUUGGAGAUGGAGUACCACAUCAAUUGCCUGAAAACUGAUUGCAAGCUCAUUUGCAAUUCGGAGCCUUACGAACCACCUUUCGGAUUGUUGCCUUUUACUCAGGAUGGACAACGUAUCGGCGGUGCAAUACAUCAACCGCUUAGGAGGUGACAAAGGAAAUUUACAGCUUCUGCUUCCAACGCAACAUUACUCUCCAGGUGGAGUAACUCCCGGGAGUGCCGAACCUGACGGCAAACUGGUUUUCCAGACAUUUGAGGGACGCCAGCGAUUGGAGGUUCCUUCGUCCAGUGUUCCUCGAUCAAGAUCGCGGAUCAGAGGGGCCGUUCACUGUGGACCUAUUCACCUCCAGGACAAACUUCUUCAUAAUUGUCCACUUCAGGGAGCUUAUGCGUUUCCUCCGUUCACUAUGAUUUCAAGAGUCCUGCUGCAAGUACGUCGUCAGCGGGUGUCAUUAGUGUUACUAACCCCCCUUUGUCAAGACCAGGCUUUGUUCCUGGAACUUAUGGAACUUUCACAACAGGGCCAGCUCCACCUGCAAUUCCUGCAGAUGCUCCUUUUAGACCCACGGGGCAACCCCCAUCCUCUCGUGGUGGAGGGCCACCUCCGCUUAGUAGCCUAGACUCUUUCAGGGGAAUCUGGAAUGUCGACAACCUUUUGCAGUUGGCUAGGAACCUCCUCUGGGGCUUCUGGGACGAGGAGAUGCUACUUAUUUGCAUGGAACAUUUGGUGUCUCUGGUGCCUGGAACAGAAAACUGAUUCCUUUACGGCCCCUGUUUCCAGUGUUUUGAACUUCUUGUCUCACUUGCUUGACCUGGGUUGUUUGUAUUGUUCGGUCAAGGUAGCAAGGUCGGCGAUAUCGGUGGCUCAUAUGCCUCUCCGGGGUUCCUCCAUUGAUCAAGACCUGUUUGUUUGCAGACUUCUCAGAGGCAUCAGACUAGCUCGACCUCUGGCACCUAAGUACUCCACCCUCUGGGAUGUCCAUACGGUCUUGUAGUUUCUGCAGGGGUGGCCGGAUAAUCAGGACCUGUCCCUCUGACAACUUUAAGCUAAAUUCGCUCUCCUGCUUUGCCUCAUCUCCUUUCGCAGGCUUUCGAUGUGUUCUCCUUCUCACCCGAGGGGGUGACCUUCUCGGUGUCUAGAUGUACCAAGUCAGACUCGACGGCUAUCUUCUACCCUUAUUUCCGAGAUUCACCCAAGCUCUGUGUGGUGGCAGCUCUGUCUCAUUAUGUGGAGGUUACGACUCCACUUCGCUCUUCUCGUUCAUGGCAAUUGCUGGUCUCCCACGGUCUAUUCACAAACCGGUCUAUUCUAUAACCUUGGCGCGAUGGAUCAGAUGGUUGUUGUCUUUGGCAGCCGUGGAUUCAUCUUUUGGAGUGCAUUCAGUUAGGGGCGCGGCGGCAUCUGGCACCCUGGUGGCUGGCGUGUCGCUUCACGACAUCCUACGUUUGGCGGAUUGGUCUCAAGCAAUUUUAUUUCAGAUCGGCUGUUCAUGCUUCGUUGGCCUUGUUGGCUGAGCAUUAAAACAGCAAAUAUGAAGCCUCCUGUCAUGUUAUAAAAUUGUAGAUUAUGCUAGCUUUAGUGUACCUAUAAUCUUUAUUUUAUUAAUGACAGGAGGCGAAUAUUUCCCUCCCAGUUUCUUUACCCUACCCUUGUUCUUUUUUGUCGGCUGAUGUGGGUAUAUCAGGUAAUUAUGCAGUUUUUGUGGGCUUACACUUCUGUCACAUAUUUUUCGUUUGUAUACUUCUGGAUUGUUAGAGUGGAAUUCCUGUUGGUUUUAAUGUUUAACCUUUCUCUGGGUAGCUGCAUGUUUUUUUUCUAAGUACAUUUUGUUCGUUAACCAAUUUUUUUUCGAUUCUGUAUAUCGUAUUUCAGUUUAAAGUUCCAUCUAUGAUACCACAUUGGAAUUCCUUCUCCGUUAUAUUGUUCCGUUUAUACUGUUUGUUUUUGUCACAGUUUGAAAGAGGAAGUAGUUGGUUGGGAGGGGACUUUUUUCUGAUUGGUUGUUUUCUCCCUGUGUUACUGUGCUGCUGUGGAGUUCUAGUAAAGAGAGACUUAAGCAAAGAUUCGCCUCCUGCCAUUAAUAAAAUUAAGAUUAUAGGUACACUAAAACUAGCAUAAUGUACAAUUUUUUUAAAAUCUUAAUUAUAUAGGUUUUUUUUAAUAGAAUAUUGUAUUUAUAAGUAUAUACUGAUAUAUUUUGCAUCUACCCUCAACCAAUAAUGAGAUUUUUUAAAGUGGGUUUGCUAAACAUUACAUUUUCUUUGGUCCAAACUGCCAUUUCCAACCUCUGAGCUCAAAUGUAGCCAAAUUAUGAACCAUCUGAAAUGGACAUCGUAUGUUCAUUUCAGUUUGUGAUUUUGGAAUCCUCACAUGGACCAAAAAUAGAUGAAUAAUAGAAGGGGAAAAAGAUAAUUAGGGGACUGUCCCAAAAUGAUGAUUUUAUUCACAGAUCAAGUGAGAAGGAAAAGCAGGGGGAUCAGAAAAAAAAUAUCUAUAUUUAUUAUAUAUAUAUUUAAUAUAUUAUAUCAUAAUAUUGAUAAGUUGUUCUACUACUCAUGCUUUUCCCUGGUUCCUUUUUUCACACUUAAAUUUUUCUCAAUGUCAACUAAAUAGCAUGAAAAUGCUCCUAUCCAUGUACUGGAAAAUAUGUGCACAGUAAUAUAUUAUGUAUACACUACAAUAUACUCUGACCCAUAUUAACACCCUUUUGGUUAUUUGCUAUGGUUACUAAAUCAGUUUUUUGGUACUAAAAUUCUGUCAAGUGAACUGACAUAUGGCCAAAAUGUUAGUGUUUUGAAAAAUUUUCUAUUUUCAGGAAAAAUGGAGCUACAUUUUCUAGCCGUGCACAGGUCUGCUGAAUAUAUCUUUAUUCCCUUAAUUUUGUGUUAUCUUAUGGCCUGACAUCUGCAGCUUCUUUUGCUUUGUCACUGUAGGGUCACUCCAAUUACCAUCAUACAAUCCAUAUUGAUUUCCGCUGGUAUCAUGCUAGGCUUGUUUAUACCACUACAUAAUUGGAUAAACCUCAGCUUCAGAGGUUUAAAUUAAUAUGUAAAGUAGAAUGGAUGUAAAACAUCAAACUGAAUUCGAGAACUUGAUGAAGAGGGCAAGGUCAACAUAAGCUCUGUCUCUCAAAAGUAAACAGCUUGUAUACAAAACCAGAUUACAGAGCAGCUCCCAAAAAAAUUUGGAAAUAUAUAUAUAUAUAUAUAUAUAUAUAUAUAUAUAUAUAUAUAAAGUUAGUCUACAGUUAGUCUAAAAAAAGAAACUGUUUUUGAAACCAUAAAUUGUAGUGAACAGACAAGGAAAUUGCAGCAAUUUAUGUCUAAAUACAAUACAGCUAAAAAAAAAAUAUAUCUGUACCUAUCGUUUUUUCAGAAUUUUCCAGUUCUCUUGAAGACCUGCUUCUGGUUUGUCACAUCUCCCUGUUUGAAGCUUAAGUCCCAUUACCUAUAGAGUACACAAAAAAGCAAAGGUGUUAUAUUAGCUAUGGCAGCCAGGCUAUUAUUGUGAUGUUUUGAAAAUACAUGUAUCAGAGAGACAUUUAUAUUGAUUUAAGCAUUCUUAUGAACAUGCUUUUAACCUAAUCAAGCGUCAAAAUGGACAGAAAGAAUAUCCAGAAUUGUUUUAUAAACAUCCUCUUUCUUGGACAUUUUGAGUCGCUCUAAUUGUUUGUAAAAGAAAAUGUGAAUACACCACAAUAGCAGUCAUUGAACAUAUUUUGAUACAUUUUGCAAUGCAUGUUAAAGGGUUACUCCAACCACCAUGAUCACUUCAACUUUUUGAAGAGGUCGUGGUGGUAGAAGUCUAGAUGUCCAUGUUUCAGUUUGAAAGACUGAACACCCAGUGUGCCUGGGGUUAGUUACACUCUGUUACAGGCUACCUAAUUUCAAUUCUAUGCAUGUGUCAUCAGCUUGCACUGCAUGCUGGCGACAGAUUAUUAUUAUUAUUAAAAUUAUCGCUAUUUAUAUAGCACCAACAGAUUCUGUAGCACUUUACAAUAAUAUGAGAGGGGUAUUUAACUAUAAAUAUGACAAUUACAGAAAACUUACAGGAACAAUAGGUUGAAGAGGACCCUGCUCAAACGAACUUACAGUCUAUAGGAUGUGGGGUAUAAAACACAUUAGGACAGAUGUAAUGUGAACCUGCAAGGGGAGUCUUGCAUGUCCCUCCUUUGAUUGGACAUGCAUCGGCUAUCAUGACAUCAGGAGGGAGCAUGGAAAGCAGUGUAAAGAGCUGCAGCCGAAGUUGGAUUUCCGGCAAGUAAAAUAUAAUUUAAAUCUGUUUUUGUAAAGGAGGUGGGGACAUAAAGAAUAAUAUCCAUGAGGGUAUUAUUCCAUGAGGGCACAAUUGAACUAAAAUGUAAUAUCAAAUGGGAACUAUUAUCAAUGGGUUAGUAAAUAACAUGAUUCCUGAUACAAUAUGUCCCCAUUUAAUGCUCUUAGGAGGGAUUUCAACUAAACAGUUAUUGAGUUCCUAGCCAAUGAAUGCAAAAUGUAGGUCAAGAUAACCGAGAUGACAACAAUCUUGCACGAGACAUAUUUACAAACUGCGUUUAUUAAUUUUUAUUAUAUACCUGCAGCCAACAUACUCUGCAAUGCUGUAUCUAAAUGUUGUAAAUAGCUUGUCAGCUCACAACAAACAAUUUUGAGAAAACCUUCUGCAAAUUCGCAAUCAAGUCUUUCACACCAAUCCUAUAUUUUAUUUAAAAAAUCCAUGUUAAAAAAGUCUGCCAUAAACAAAAAAAAAAAAAAGUAACACGUGUUGUAACAUAAAAGACAAAAACAAAUUAUGUUUGGUGUUUACUCUCAACAACCCUCCUUAUAUUUGGCUUGGUUUUAUUGAAAAUUUUGUUCAUGAUUAAAAAAAAUUUAAUUAAAAAAAAAAUUCAGAUGUAUGUAUUUAACACUCAGCUUCUAGUUUGUAUCUGGCACACUGGCAGUUUGCUUCUAAAUUGUUUUAGAUCUAAUAAAAUAUGGCUAACACUAGGCCAAAAUAGCUUUAGUUAAUCAUAGAUCAAUCUUUGUAAAUAAAUAACAAUGCUAGAAAUCAUUUAUUCACUAUCCUGCUGAUCUAUAAUAAAGUAAUGUAUUUUCCUUUAUUUUUUUACAUUGUGAGGCAGAUGCCUUCUAUUGAUUUUAGUUCUUAGUAAGGUUCCAUAUUGUAUAUUCCCAGAUGAAGAGGUAUUAUUGACCAAUAAUGCAAAGCAUCUUGAAUCUUCAUUUGUAAUAAAUGGCAUAUAUUUAAAUCGUAUUUAUCUUCCUUUAUUUAAUUUUUUAUAUAUUUAAAAAAAGUGAUUAUAUUUUUUAAUAUUGUAUUGAAUUUUUCUUUUAUGAAAUAAUGGAACACAUAAGAGUAACAAAAGGGACACAUCAGACUUGCCAUACCAUACAAUACUGCUGUAUGACACAUGAGUUACACACAAUUAUUAAAAUCAUCCAACAGUGUCAAGUAAGCUUGGACUUUCCUGUGUGUCAUGAUGCACACUACUCCAAGCAUGCUUGCAACGUAAUUUGGGGGGAUUAAAAGGUUAAAAAUCACUAUUUGUUUGCACUAGGAAAAAAACUAAAUUAUAAAAUAAUCCUGCUUAACACCACCCACAUUAUACGCUAGUAUCAAAAGCUGCCACCGCCAACAUGAUUUAUAAAUGUGGUGCCUUGGUUCCCCUAGCAAAUCAGAUUAACCAACCCACAAUACACAAUUUAGCAAAAUAUCUGUGUCAUAAAAAAAUACUACUAAGUAGUGGGGCGUGUCCUGGAUCCCAAAGCGAGUGGUCACUUGCCUUAGCUGCUCUGCACUGUUCUGCCUAAAACUGAGCCAUUUUACUAUAACAGAGACCCACACAAAAUACAAAGCAGAUAAGUUGGCGCAGAUUAGAUAGCUGUAAACCAAUCGUGGGUUGGGAUGCAGCACCAACAGUAUGCCCAGGUAAUAAGGUAAAGAAAAUAUAAAAACAGAAAAGUGCUGGUGAUCGGCAUACGCGGAAGCAUUUUUACUAUCCACCGACGAAAUACACCAGCUCCUGAUCGGAAGAGGACUUUGUACCUGCAAACUUUCCGGACAAUAACAGACUGCAAAUGAAGUGGUGAGCUUGCGGUGAAUGCUAUAUUUUAGCUGCUGUGUGAAGUGUUUUUAUACAAUCAAUACAUUUUGCCUACUUACCACCUGGUCACAAGAGCUUGUCUCGGAUCCCACGUACCCAAGGGGCUGAUCCUCCCUGGGUGAGAUAGCCAGGAGUGGGGUUCAUACCACUCCAAACCUGUAAGGUUUUUACUUAAAGAGAUAUUUUUCUGCUUUUACUUAUUGCAGUAAUUUUAUUGCACUAUGAGUGCUCCCUUUUUCUCUCCCCUUCCCCUUGUUUUUUUGUCUUAUUAUAGGGACUAGUGAUAUCUAUAGACAGGCUAUAAGUAUUAAUUUUACUAUUUUUGAAACGUAUGGUCUUUUAUUGGGGCUAUUACAUUCAUAUGGUAUAUACACCUUAGAGUCACUUUUCCACACUUAAGCUGUCUCAGUAUUUUAUUUUUGCGCACCAGCACAUUUCUGUUUUUAUAACAGAGACCAGAUACAAAACUUCUGGACACAUUGUCCAAACCCAAAGUUAAGAGGCACAUGGAGAAGCAAGAACAAUCUAACUUCUUCACCCCAUGGGCAGGACAAAACAAAACUGCAGUGACACAUGAGGCAGACCAUGAUGGCGCCGAUGAGGAUAUGGACGGAACCCAGACUUCCCACUCACACAAGUGGUAA